UUAUCCCGUUAAGCGAUCCUGACUAUUUUACUUUAGACCGUGAAUGGUGGUCUUUGCCGGAGUUUUUACUUCAUCGACAGCAGUGUAAAGAUUUUCUAGUCGAUAAAUGCAGAGAACAUAAGCGGUAUGUUCGCAACCUUACAAGUAUAAUCAAUUGUGAUGAAGCACCCAAGAUUGCGAUUGAACGAGCCGAAAAGGCGCUUGCUUUAUUACAAGUUAUGUAUUUUUUCUUUGAGUAUUUUCUUUCUUAUGUUGGCAAUGGAUGGGAGGAAAAACAAUCGAAUUUAGUUACCAAAUUCUGGUCAGCACAACAACGGAAAUUUGUAGCCAUAACUGAACGCUCGGUUUUGUUGGAGGAACUUACUACCUCCACCAUACGCUCGACUCUCCAACAAGAUAAACAAGUACAUUUGGUGCGGGAGAAGGUUACGGGACGCCUAGAAAUUAUGGAAGAUGAUUGUUCGUACAAACGUCAAGAAAAGGCCAAAGCUAUCAGCGAUGAUACGGAGGACGAUGAUCCAUUCAUAAACAAUAAUAGAGCCGAAGCAUCAUCAGGUUCACAUACGCCUCCUCAUCAAAUUGUUACAAAUGGAUACAGCCAAGAGAUAUCGAUCAAUGAAAAUAUAUUAAUAAUGUCCGCUAAAAACUUAGCGAGACUUGAUGAAUCCAAGUAUCUCGGCGAAUUUAUUCCACAUUUUAUAAAAUAUAAGGAAUUAGAAAAAAAUAAUACACUUUCUUGUGCUAACGAUGAUGUAAUGGAUAUUCGAGGAGAAAGUGGGUUUGCAAAAUUUUUAUCAAUUGAUGAGUUUAUAACAUUACUAUCAAAAAAACCAAAGAGAGAGGCCAAAUUACCAGAAGAUUGGCAUAAUACAGUUGAAGACUAUUAUAAGGAGACAACAAAAAGCGGAUCAAAAAAGAGUAUAACUGAUUGGAUUCGCGUUACAGAAGAGCUAAAUGUUUUAAAAGAAGAAGAUAACGAAGAGCUAGUAAAAUUAAAAAAAUAUUUAAAUCGAGUUAUGCUUCCAUUGGUCGAAUCAUUUACAAAGCCAAUUCCAGAUAUAAAUGCCUCAGACACCAGCGAACAUCAUUAUUGGUCAGAAUUUGGCCAUCGUUUUUUUUCGAAAGCGUUACAAGACUUUGUUGGUCUUGAUUGGAGGGCCAUGGAAGUCCCUGUAAUGGCUUCCAAAUAUAGAAAAAAUUACGGGCAUAAUCACGCUACAGACAAAAUAGUUGAUGGAAAAUAUGCGGACUUGCUGGCAAGGAUGUGGACAAAUAACGAAGAAAUUUUUAUUGGAGAACAAGCCGGGCCACCUAGUCAACCUGACCUCACAAAGUUAGCGACGGAUUCUUUUAAAUUAUAUCGGGAAAUGCGGGAUUGUCUGAAUGUUAGAAUCUUAAAGGCUAUGGGGAAAGGGGACAUAAAUUAUAAUAAUCGUGUAGUCUUUGGAAUUUUAGGUUACCUUUUCGAAAUUACAAUGCUUAUAAUGUGGAAAGACGGAGUGUACGUAUAUGAGGAAUUUGGAAGUUUACAUAUUGCUUCUAAUCUGGAUCAAAUUCCUAUGAUGAAAACAGAUAUGUUAAAAUUACUGGAAUUUAUGAUGAUCAUUAAAACAGAAGUGGAAAAUACUAUGACAACAAAAUAUAAGGGUGAUACAAUACAGAUUUUGAAGAGAAAAUUUAAUGACCUUACCCCAACAAAGUCAUCACCAACGAAGGUCCCAAAAGUUAAGAAGUGA